AUGCAGAUAGCUAUGCUGUACUGUGGAGAUCCAUUGAAUCCACCACUUCUCCUCCUUGGGAUAUGUGCCACCGCGGCAUUUGUCAGCAUGUGGAUGCACAACGUGGCAGCGGCCGUGAUGAUGAUGCCAGUAGCCACUGGUAUCUUACAACGUUUGCCAAUGGGUCCCACUCAGUCCAACGUUGUGGGCAAGUUCUGUAGAGCAGUGGUUCUUGGGGUUAUAUACUCUGCAGCUAUAGGAGGGAUGAGUACUUUGACCGGUACAGGUGUUAACCUGAUAUUGGUGGGGAUGUGGAAGAGCUAUUUUCCUGAGGCAGAUCCCAUCAGCUUUAACACUUGGUUCUUCUUUGGGUUUCCUUUAGCUUUGGUGAUUUUCUUUGCUUUGUGGGCCAUUCUUUGUUUGCUGUAUUGCUCGAAGGGCUCAGGACAGAUCCUUUCUGCUUAUUUGGACAAAGCCCACCUUAAAGGAGAGCUUCAAAUGUUAGGUCCAAUGGCUUUUGCUGAAAAAAUGGUUUUAGCUGUUUUUGGGAUGCUAAUAGUCCUAUGGAUGACAAGAAGUAUAACUGAUGACAUUCCUGGUUGGGGAACUCUCUUCAAUGGCCGUGCCGGCGACGGAACCGUCAGUGUUAUGAUGGCAACCUUGUUGUUCAUAAUUCCGAACAAGAAGCAGAGAGGGGAGAAAUUGAUGGACUGGAACAAAUGCAAGAAACUACCGUGGAACAUUGUGUUGCUACUUGGAGCUGGUUUUGCCAUUGCUGAUGGGGUCAAGUCCAGUGGCCUAGCUGAAGUUCUAUCGAAGGCAUUGGACUUCUUGGAAGAGGCACCAUAUUUGGCCAUUGCACCUAUGGUGUGUCUAAUCAGUGCCACCAUCACUGAAUUCACUUCGAACAAUUCCACAACCACCCUUGUGGUUCCUCUACUGACCGAAAUCGCAAAAACCAUGCAUGUUCAUCCUCUUCUCCUUAUGGUUCCUGGGGCAAUCGGAGCACAAUUUGCUUUCCUUCUUCCAACCGGAACGCCUUCGAAUCUCGUUGGGUUCACUACUGGGCAGAUUGAGAUCAAAGAUAUGCUCAAGACAGGAGUGCCACUUAAGAUUGCUGGCAUUGCAGCACUGUCUUUUCUCAUGCCUACACUAGGUAAGAUUAGUGAUUUCUUUGAGCCUGCUUUUCUUUUUCUUAAUGGGAUGCUAAAAUUGAUGUUACUGCAGGAGCUUAUGUUUUUGGGACAAAUAGAGAAGUUUAAUGGCUGCAAACUGUAA